AUGCAUGAAGGAAAAGCAGUUGUGUUGUCAUUUGAAGAGGGGGUUCAUCAAGGUGACCCAUUGGGUCCUGUUUUGUUUGCUACAUCUAUACAUCCAGUUCUUGUACAAAUACAAAAUAAAAAUCCGCAAGUUCAAGUAUUAGCUUAUCUUGAUGAUGUCUUUGUACUUGGACAGGAAGUGAAUGUCUUGACUGCUUUUAAUGAGCUCAAGGUAGCCUUUUCUGCACUGGGUUUGGACAUAGCUGAUAGAAAGUGUGAAAUCUACAGACCACACACUGCUCCAGAAUGCCCUCAAAAUUCAAUCCCUACAUCAUCAUUUGGAAUCACUAUACUUGGGUCACCUAUAGGAAUGGACUCGUUUGUUUCAGAGGCAUGUGUCAAUUCUGCUGAAGGAGGUUGUCACCUUUGUAACAAACUAGUUUCUUUAAAUGACCUACAGAGUGCUAUGUUAUUGCUGCGUUAUUGCCAUGUUAGCCGCUUGAUUAGUUUGUUGAGAACAGUGUCUCCUCGUUUAGUCUACCUGGCUGCUGAAGCUCAUGACCUGCUAACACGAAACACAUUUGUCAGUCUCUUAGAUCUGGAUGUCAAUUCCAUGUGCUGGGAACAAGUGGCGCUGCCAAUACGACUGGGUGGCUUUGGAUUGACUUCAAUGGUUACCAUUUCACCGUUUGCUUUUUUAGCUUCCUGGGUUCAUUCCCUCCAAUCUCUGUCGUGGCAUUUCCAUGAAUUGGAGAAUUUAGUGGCUAAUAUUCUAGCUAGUCCACAAGGCACCGUUGGUCAUGAUAUUUGCCAAGUGCUUCCCCCAGGAUCAGAUAUUCAUAACUUGGUUGGCAGUCAGAAAAUUACAACACAAUCUGUCACAUAA